GUCUGUCCGCAGCUGAUGCUGGAGCUGAAGGAAAUCAUGAAGAGAAGAAAAUACUGCUUUAUCUUCAAAAUAUGAAAACGCAUGUUUUCUUCUGGGAUGGAGCGCAGCGGUUAUUUCAAGCCGACACCUGCCCAUUUCGAGGUCUUGAACAGCUCGACCGGCACCAAUGUGACUUUGACACCUAAAACGGACGAAAAGCAAGAAAGUUUCGCUUUCCAAGUCACCUUGUCGUCAGUUCUGGGUCUCAUCACUCUCGCAACAAUAUUAAGCAAUGCGUUUGUCAUUGCCACCAUUUCCCAAUCCAGAAAGCUCCAGACACCGGCGAACUUUCUGAUCGCGUCGCUGGCCGUCACGGACCUUCUGGUGUCGGUGCUCGUGAUGCCCAUUUGCGUGCUGUACACGGUCACCCGCGAGUGGACCCUCGGCCAGGUCAUCUGCGACAUCUGGCUGUCCUCAGACAUAACCUGUUGCACCGCGUCCAUACUUCACCUCUGCGUAAUCGCCUUGGAUCGAUACUGGGCAAUAACGGACGCGGUCGAGUACGCCAAGAAACGCACCCAGGCGCGCGCCGCGGGGAUGGUGGCGACCGCCUGGAUCAUCGCCAUCUCCAUCUCCCUGCCGCCUUUCUUCUGGCGACAGGUGAAGGCAGGGGAGCUGACCACCUGCUCGGUCAACACAGAUCACAUCUUCUACACAAUCUACUCCACUUUUGGGGCUUUCUACAUCCCUACGCUGCUGCUCAUCGCCCUGUACGGGAGGAUUUACGUGGAGGCGAGGAAGCGCAUUUUGAAGCAGUCGCCCAAAAAACCGGGCAAAAGACUCACCUCUGCACAUCUGAGCACUAAUUCGCCCGCUUCGGUGGCUUCGACUUCGCCUUUGCAUUGCGGAAGGCAGGACCUUUGCUCGGACAGCGGGUCUCUGGGCAGUGACAAUCAAAUUAGAGUAACUGUGUCCGAUUCACUUCUGGAGAAAAAGAGAAUAUCGGCUGCGCGCGAGAGGAAAGCCACCAAAACCCUGGGCAUUAUAUUAGGAGCUUAUAUUGUGUGCUGGCUGCCGUUUUUCAUUUACACACUGUUGAUUCCCCUCUGUUCGUCUUGCUUUUCCCCAGAACUCUUUGACUUUUUCACUUGGCUUGGCUACGUCAACUCACUCAUCAAUCCUAUAAUAUACACCAUGUCCAAUGAUGACUUUAAAAAGGCUUUUCAUAAAGUCAUAAGUUUUAGAUGUUGCAGACGAUAGGAAAAAUAAGUAGACCCAUAAGGGAUAAUGAUCAGUCAGUCAUUAUCAUUAUCGCAAGUGAUAUCACGGCACUGUUGAAUGCUUGA